CCCGGCGGCCGGCGCCAUGGACCGAGGCCGCGUCCUGGAGCAGCUGCUCCCGGAGCUCACGGGGCUGCUGAGCCUCCUGGACCAGGAGCUCCUCAGUGACAGCGCCUUGCAGAAGAAGAUGGCGGUGGCUUCCAUCCUGCAGAGCCUGCAGCCCCUGCCAGCCAAGGAAGCCUCCGGCCUGUACGCCAACCUGCACUCGGGGCCCAGCUUCGUGGAGUCUCUCUUCGAGGAGUUCGACUGCGCCCUGGGCGACCUCCAGGACUUGGCAGAGGAUGACCGCGAGCCCAGCCCGAGAGCCAGCCCCGAGCCGGAGCCCGCGGGGAGCCCCGCCCUGCGGAGCGCAGAGGACCUCCCUCCACCCCUGCCCAACAAGCCUCCCCCCGAGGACUACUACGAGGAGGCCCUUCCCCUGGGUCCCGGGAAGUCCCCCGAGUACAUCAGCUCCCACGACGGCUGCGGCCCCGCCCUCUCGCUCAUGGACGGCUACUACGAAGACGCCGACGGCAGCUACCCCACCACCCGGAUGAACGGAGAGCUGAAGAGCUCCUACAACGACUCGGACGCCGUGAGCAGCUCCUACGAGUCGUACGACGAGGAGGAGGAGGAGGAGGAGGAGGGGAAGGGGCGGCGGCCGCGGCUGCAGUGGCCCUCGGAGGAGGCCUCGCUGCGUCUGGUGCGCGGCUGCCGGCUCUGCGCCUUCCUGCUGCGCAAGAGGCGCUUCGGGCCCUGGGCCAAGCAGCUGACGCUCAUCAGGGACGACCAGCUCCUGUGCUACAAGAGCUCCAAGGACCGGCAGCCGGCACUGCGGCUGGCGCUGGGCGCGUGCGCGGUGGUCUACGCACCCAAGGACGGCCGGCGCAAGCGGCACGAGCUGCGCUUCUCCCAGGGCGCCGCCGAGGUGCUGGUGCUGGCGCUGCAGAGCCGCGAGCAGGCCGAGGAGUGGCUGAAGGCCAUCGGAGAAGUCAGCAGGAGCGCCCGGGGAGCCGAGGCAGCGGACGCCCCCAGGUCCCCCGUCCUCCCGUGCAAGCCGCAGGUGGACAAGAGGCUGUCCCAGGAGAAGCAGGCGUCGGACUCGGACAGCCUGGGCGUGGGCGACGGCGGCUCCACCCUGGGCCGCCGCGAAGCCGGGGAACCAGGUAAAGGGAAGAAGAGCGGCCUGGCCGAGCUGAAGGGCUCCGUGAGCCGGGCGGCGGGCCGCAAGAUCAACCGCAUCAUCAGCUUCUCCAAGAAGAAGGCGCAGGCCGAGGACCCGCAGACGUCCUCCCCCGCCUCCUCCACCGAGGACGAGGUCCCCUGCUGCGGCUAUCUGAACGUGCUGGCGGCGCAGGGCUGGAGGCAGCGCUGGUGCCGCGUGGGGCGGGGCACGCUGUUCUUCCACAGGGACCGCGCCGACCUGCGCACGCACGUGAACGCCGUCGCGCUGCGCGGCUGCCGGCUGGCGCCCGGCUUCGGCCCGCGCCACCCCUUCGCCUUCAGGCUCCUGCGCCACGGGCAGGCGGUGGCCGUGCUGGAGGCAAGCUCCUCUGAAGACAUGGGCCGCUGGCUCGGGCUGCUGCUGGCGGAGAUGGGCUCCAGGGUCACCCCGGAGGCGCUGCACUACGACUACGUGGACGUGGACACCUUGACCAGCAUCGUCAGUGCCGGGCGCAACUCCUUCCUCUACGCCAGGUCGUGCCAGGACCAGUGGGCGGAGCCCCGCGUCUACGACGACGUUCCCUACGAGAAGGACGAGGAGGAGCCGCCGAGGCCCCCCGGAGCCCCGGUGAAGCGCCACGCCUCCUCCUGCACCGAGAAGCCCCACCGCGCGGACCCCCAGGUCACCGUCAAACGCCACGCCUCCAGUGCCAACCAGUCCAAGUACGGGAAGACCCGGGCGGAGGAGGACGCGCGGCGAUACCUGGUGGAGAAAGAGAAGCUGGAGCAGGAGAAGGAGACGAUUCGGACGGAGCUGCUGGCGCUGCGGCAGGAGCGGCGGGAGCUGCGGGAGGCCCUGCGGAGCGGCCCAGGGGCGAGGCUGAAGGCCCUGGAGGAGGCCGUGGCCGGCCUGGAGGCCCAGUGCCGGGCGAGGGAGGAGCGGCGGAUCGACCUGGAGCUGAAGCUGGUGGCGGUGAAGGAGCGCUUGCAGCAGUCCCUGGCGGGGGGCCCGGCCCUGGGGCUGGCUGUGGGCGGCAGGGGCAGGAGGAAGGAAACUGCAAGUCCACCCGAGAACGGUGUCCCUGAUCAGUCUCUCCCUGUCAACUGUGUUUCUGAGCUGAGAAAGAGGAGCCCGUCCAUUGUGGCCACCAACCAAGGACGGGUGCUGCAGAAAGCCAAGGAAUGGGAAAUGAAGAAGACUUAGAAAACACACAACAAUUCCGUUCCAAAAGAAGAAAUCAGCUUGUCCACCUCAGGCGGAAAAGCUUCUUUCAGAUACCAGAAGACUGGAAGUAUCCUCCUCUCUGGAGCACCCAGACACCCAAUUUGUAUUGUUUGCAUGAUUUUAGGUGCUGUGGAGAUUCGGGAAGGGGGAAAUGGAGGGCACCCUCAGGACUUCAAAGAACGGAAGUACGGGUGGAGGGAGCCACAAGGCCGCACAGUUGUAAAGGUUCUGUUCGAUUCCUCGGCCUUCCCCUCUGAAGGAACGAAAGAAAGCACAUGAGCCUAAACCAUCCCAUUCCUUAGCCAAAGGAAAGCGGUGCUGACACCGCGGAGGCACCGUGAAGAGCCUUGAUCAUCCUUCACACGUGCACCUACUGCAUUUCUCCUCGGCCUGACAGGGAACCUCUGCCCCAGGCCAAUGAGCCGGAACAUCCAAGCCUGCGCAGAAGACAGCUCCACAGUCUUCCCUCCUCUGCGUUAGAGCGCAGCCACUGGAAUCUUCCAGAUCUGAGUGUUUUUGCAUGAGAAGGUUGAGUACACAAAAGGGCAAGGAGAAGUUGGUCAGUUGACACUUGCGCGGAGCUCUGACGUCCACUGGGUGGACACCGGCGGACGGUGGAGGGCGGGUCACGUGCUGUCCUUGACCUCAUCUUGCACUCAAGGCCCACCGCCUUGCCUUGCCCUUCCUCCUCUACGAGGAAGUGGACCUGCCCAGGACAAUCAAGAGGAAAGUGGCUGCUCCUGCCACAUGGGUGCUAAGCUUUUUACAAACACUAAAUUCCCCCGUGGAAAGAGUGAGGACCUCACUGUCCUGGGCAGCUUCCUUUCUGUCACUCCUGCUGUCUCAACACUACAGGCACUUUCUAGUCUGUGUGUAACACGUUUCUCCCCAAUAAAGAUAAAACCACUGAACUAGUGGCUCCGGGAUCAGUGCAAAAGGAGGGAUUCCGGAAUAACCCAUCAACAUUGCUCUAGAGUCUUUGUGUGUGCCAGUCCUGAGGCUUGAACGAGGGGCCUGAACGGUGAUCCUGAGCUUUUUUGCUUAGGGCCUUGAGAUCUACU